GCGACGUUCCCAUGAAACUCGCAGGUUAGGGAGUUGUGGGAAAGCGAGCUUGUCGCAUGGGCUUUGCAAGAAUGCACUCCCCCCCCCAAAGAGUACCCCGUGGCAUUCUAGCCUUCGCGUGUGUUAUCUCCGCAGAUUGAAGACCCAUUUUGCUUCGCAAUGAAAUCUUUGCUUUGCAAUUAUAUCUUUGCAAUGAAAUCUUUGCAAUGAAAUCUUUGCAAUGAAACCCUCGCUUUGCAAUGAAAUCUUCCUUUUCCGAUCACGACCAGGAUUAUUCUAAGCGAUGGGAGCCUGUCCCCAAACAGGGUUAAACCACAGCCUCCUCCUAUGCAGGGACUGACAUCACGGCCGAAGCGGGGCGAGAGAGCCCAGAGCCGGCCACCAGUUGCGAAUUGCGGAGCGGGCGGCGACUUGACACACAUCGAUUCUCCCAACCUCCCCUGUAUUAUCGCUGGGUGAACGGAGGGGAGGGGGCAGACAGAGAAAGAGAGACGGGGGGGGAGGCCCAAAAAAAAAAAAGCAAAAGUGAUUUGUCGUUUCGGAGCAGAGGAAGCGCCGGGCGCUGUUGAGAAGGGUGCAAGGAGAGAAAUUGCCCCCCCCCCUGCCCAGGACCGUCCAGCAGAGCUGGGAAACGGAUUGGAUUUUACCCGGGAGAACUUUUCCAGCCCAAUCCAUCAAUCUGGAGAACAAAGUGCCCGACCACGGAGGCCACCUUUGUUGCUUAGCCCUGGAGGGUCCCGCUGGAGAGGCCGAAAGGGCAUUGCCGCGAGCCAGGAGCGAGCCGGCUGCCGCCAUGGAGAACGGGAUGCAGCUCCUGAACCGGGACGGCCACAGCAUCUCUCACAACUCCAAGCGGCACUAUCACGACGCCUUCGUCUGCAUGAACCGCAUGCGGCAACGGGGCCUCCUGUGCGACAUUGUGUUGCACGUGGCCACCAAAGAAAUCAAGGCCCACAAGGUGGUGCUGGCCUCCUGCAGUCCUUACUUCCACGCCAUGUUCACAAAUGAGAUGAGUGAGAGCCGUCAGACGCACGUCACGCUUCAUGAUAUUGAUCCGCAGGCUCUGGAGCAACUGGUCCAGUAUGCCUACACGGCUGAGAUCGUGGUGGGAGAAGGGAACGUCCAGACAUUGCUUCCUGCAGCCAGCCUCCUGCAGCUGAACGGGGUGCGGGAUGCCUGCUGCAAGUUCCUCUUGAGUCAGCUGGACCCCUCCAACUGCCUGGGCAUCCGGGGUUUUGCAGACACCCACUCCUGCAGCGACCUCUUGAAAUCGGCGCAUAAGUACGUCUUGCAGCACUUUGUGGAUGUCUCCAAGACGGAAGAAUUUAUGUUGCUGCCUCUCAAACAGGUCUUAGAUCUCAUCUCCAGCGACAGCCUCAACGUGCCUUCGGAAGAGGAAGUUUACCGAGCCGUCUUGAGUUGGGUGAAGCACGAUGUGGACAGCAGGAAGCAGAAUAUUCCCCGACUCAUGAAGUGCGUCCGUCUUCCCUUGCUCAGCCGGGAUUUCCUGAUGAGCAACGUGGACACCGAAUUGCUGGUCCGCCAUCACUCGGAGUGCAAAGACUUGCUUAUCGAAGCCCUCAAGUACCACUUGAUGCCCGAGCAGAGGGCAGUCCUGAGCAACAGCCGGACCCGUCCCCGGCGCUGCGAGGGGGCCAGCAUGGUGCUCUUUGCUGUGGGCGGAGGGAGCCUUUUUGCCAUCCAUGGGGAUUGCGAAGCCUACGACACACGGACCGACCGUUGGCACAUGGUUGCCUCCAUGUCCACCCGCCGGGCCAGGGUGGGGGUGGCGGCGAUUGGAAACAAGCUCUAUGCCGUGGGCGGCUAUGAUGGAACAUCUGACUUGGCCACCGUUGAGUCCUACGAUCCCGUCACCAACUCGUGGCAGACGGAGGUCUCCAUGGGGACCAGACGGAGCUGCCUUGGGGUGGCGGCCUUGCAUGGACUCCUCUACGCGGCUGGAGGCUACGAUGGCGCGUCCUGUCUAAACAGUGCUGAGAGAUACGACCCCCUCACGGGGACCUGGACUAGCAUCACCGCUAUGAGCACGAGGAGGAGAUACGUCCGCGUGGCAACCUUAGAUGGCAACCUCUAUGCUGUUGGAGGAUACGACAGUUCGUCGCACUUGGCAACCGUGGAGAAGUAUGAACCCCAGAUCAACACCUGGACACCAAUUGCCAAUAUGCUGAGCCGUCGGAGUAGUGCAGGCGUGGCAGUCCUGGAAGGGAUGUUGUAUGUGGCCGGAGGGAACGAUGGGACCAGCUGCCUUAACUCGGUGGAGCGCUACAAUCCCAAAACCAACACAUGGGAAAGUGUGGCCCCCAUGAACAUCCGGAGGAGCACCCACGACUUGGUGGCCAUGGAAGGCUGGCUCUACGCCGUGGGCGGGAACGACGGCAGCUCCAGCCUCAACUCCAUCGAGAAGUACAACCCGCGGACGAACAAGUGGGUGGCGGCCUCGUGCAUGUUCACCCGGCGCAGCAGCGUGGGAGUGGCGGUGCUGGAACUCCUCAACUUCCCGCCCCCAUCCUCGCCCACCCUCUCGGUAUCCUCGACGAGUCUUUGACGAAGGACCCUCCCGCUCCCCGCCUCGCCCGGACUGCAGCAUCUGUCGGAGCGCGAAGCCGGCUUGGUCAGGCCCCUCCGGAAGCCGAUCUCUGUGACAGGGGUGCUGCACCCAGAGAGAUUUUCCCUGGGGCCCAUUUUCGGCUCAGCUCCAAAAGGGGAAGCUCCUUAAAAAAGACCUAAUAGAGAAGAAGACAACCGAAAGGGAGAAUUCUCCACGUGUCCAUUGUUGAUCCCCUCAUAACUCGACCGAUGUUGCCUGGUUCUUGUAGACCAGACUCAACGGCCUUUGAGCUCCACGGUUUGGACGUAGAUCGCUGGAUCCAUCUCAUGCAAGGGACUGAGAUUGGUAAGGGCAAAGGUCAAGCUACAAGCGACGCCACCAACCACGGAGUUAUUGGCAUAGGCUGGGCCGACUGCAGCGUCUAAGCUGUGAACAUCACAAUUAGCCAAUAACUUCUUACCAAACUUCACAGUGGAAGGUGUGCAGUCGAAGGAGGCCUCUCACCCCGGUGUCUAGCGAAAGGAUGCCUUAACACAAAAACAGGGCUGUUCUCCACGUCGGUCGCCUCUGUUGGGCAGGCCACCAAAUCAGAUAUCUUCCCAGUAUCUUUUCCGGCAUGUGUCUGGAGCUGUCUCCAUGGGGUUGCUUCUUAGCUCUUCGUCUGAACUGGGAAGAACUGGGUCAAAGCUGUUGGUGAUUGGAGGAGUCUACCAUAUAGGCAGUGUGAAGUGGAUUUCACAGUUCGAUGUGUGCCAAGUAGCCCUUCCUUCGUUGCUCACCUUGGGUUCCCCGGCUCGCGUUGGGAGUGCUGACAAUGAUGAGAGCCUUUAUCAUUUAUUUAUUAACCUUUGCCAGCCAAUCUGCUACCUUCCUGCCUGCCUUCUCCCUAUUUAUUUACUUAUUUAUUCUUUAAAGUGGAGGGUUGGCAGGGCAGAAAACGGCAGAGAGAGGCACUUUGUUCAUCUCCCCCGUGCCAAAACUGUGGGUGCAAUCUACUGAAGUGAAACUCCCGUGUGUGAAAAAUAUCCUUGUGGAUUAACCAAGCGUGGCCUAAUCACAGCCUUCCUUUUGAAUGGACCAAUUCAGCAUUGUGCAUCCCAUCUUUGUAGCACCGCAUCAGGUCAGACUUCUGUUCCAGAGCCUUGUCCAACAAUUUCCUGUCUAAAAAAAAAAAUUGCCUGAUUUCAUGAGUAUUAUCCUGCCACGCUCGUUCCUUCAAGGGAGUGUGUGAAACUACGUAGUAUUGCUGCAUUGUGUGGAUUUUGUUCUCAAAAGCACUAAGAAGGGCAACGGGGUGGCGCUUAAUUUGGGGAGAAGCUUUAGAAAGCAAAAAAAUGCACUGGGUUUGUGGACUGGCCUUGAAAAGGCUCCAGUUGUUCAACUGAUCCCUCACUUUGAUGGGGUUUGGACCACAAAGCCCAGCUUGGAUGCCAGUUAGUCUGUCUUGAAAAAACUGGGUGGGGAGAGACAGGAAAGGAAGUUGCUUGAAGAUAGAUCCCACUGUGUGUAGAUGACCGCUUUGUCUUUGCCAUCGGGUGCAAAAAUGAGAAUUUUGUGGGAGCGAAUAUGACAUGGAGGCUCCCGCUAGUCAACCGAUGCUUCUCGUUGAUUUUAAUUCUACCAGUUACCACUUUGCUGCUUCUGUUUUUGGUUUCAUAUGUUUGUGUGUUGGUUUAUUUAUUUUGUCACGAGUUUCACUGUGGCAGUCCAGUUUGCAUCGAUGCUGGAUGGGGAUGGGGCAAGUUGAACUGGACACCCAACUCACAAGUUUUGGAUAUUCUUCAUUAGAAUCUACUUCAAAUUGGCCCCAGGUUUUGGGGGUCCUGGGUCAGAAGUGGGGUUCAUGUAUCAAGCCACGAUUAAACAUGUCCUAUGACUGGUCCGCAAGAUCUGCUUUACAAACCACAAUCGGUGAGCUUCCAUAGCUGGCUAAGCCAAAAUCAAAGAGACUGUCUAAUGCUUGGUGCCAUAUUUUGUUAGCAAACCACAGUUAUGGGUCCACCUCUUCAAUUCUCCAGCCAACAUGUCCGCGGCUGGGAAUUCUGGGCGUUGAAGUCCACCCAUCCUAGAGUUCAUAAGCCAUGAUUUGA